AUGGACAACUCCUCCAUCAACCUCACCAUAACUGAAUUACCAACAGACUCUACAAUUCUUUUCAGUUUGCUCAUGAACCUUAUACAACCGUGUGUGUACAGCAUCAAUAUCCUGUUUGGUUCUCUUAUUAACUCUUAUGUUAUAUGGCUCAUCGUCACAGGAACAAAAAACAAAAUUGCAUCAGAGUUUUUUAACCUAAAUCUCUCUGUCUGUGAGAUUGGAAUCUGUCUGAAUUGUUUUUUCAAUAUACUGUCAAUUUGGUUUUCAAGUUUUUAUUUAGUGGAACGUUUUACAAUAGGACUAUGCAUCACCGGUCGACCUCUGUUUCAGUGUCUGAUCUGUGUUGAGCGUUACCUGGCUGUGGUUCAUCCUGUAACCUUUCUGAAGUACAAACCUCUCAGAUACAGACUGAUCUGUUGCACUGCUGCCUGGAUCAUUAGUUUUGGUUCUUGUUUGUGUGCUAUGUUUAUGUUUGCCUCAUUAAAUUUUUUGAUUUUUUCAUUGUUCUACACAGUGCAGUUCCUCUUUUUUCUCUCCGUUCAGUUGUUUUGUUGUGUGGCUGUUCUCAGAGCUCUGAAGCAGUCAGGACCAGGAGAGAGAGGGAGAGAGAGAGAGGAGGAAAACCAUGUGAAGAGAAAAGCAUUUUAUCUCAUUCUCAUAACUACUGUAAACACAGUCAUCAUAUACCUGCCAUAUUGUGCCCGUGAGGGGUCGGCGGAGGAUUGGAACUGGCCGGUGCGGGCAGGUCAGGAAGCCAUGGCGGAACAGGCAGGGCAGGAAGCCAGGGCAGAGCGGGCAGAGCAGGAAGCCAGGGCGGAGCCGGAACCCAUGGUGGUGCUGAAGACAGCUGCAAUCCAGGUGGAACUGGACAUUAAGGUGGCGCUGGCGACAACAGGAACCUAG